UAGAUCUACGAAGAAUUACUGAAAAAUUUAUGUUAUCCAUUCUUGUCUGUGCAGGAUAAACACAGAAUCCAACAACAUGUCUUUUGAAUGGAUGAAAAGAGAUGUGCCUGUCAUUACUGAUGUCAGUAAAUCAGAGUUCUUGGAUGUUAUAUAUCAAAAGAGGAAUCCUGCAGUCCUGCGAGGGGUAGACAUCGGACCAUGUGUUGAGAAGUGGACAGCAGAAUACCUUGCUUCACAAGGAGGUGACAGAGAGGUCAAGAUUCAUGUCAGCCCUGGAGCAAAGAUGGACUUCAUCAACAAGAAUUAUGCCUAUAGAAGCCUGCAAUUCUGUGAGCUUAUACAUCGAUGCUCCAAAGAAAUCCAAGACGACUUCUUUUUUCAAAAGGAUGAGCUCUAUUAUCUCAGAUCACUUGGUGAUGACCCUAGAAAGGGAAUAGCAGAUGUGAAGGCCCAGUUUCCUUCAUUAGCAGACGACCUCAAGAUACCAGAUUUCUUCAACCAAGAUCAGUUUUUCUCUAGCGUCUUCCGAGUGGGCUCGGCAAACUUACAGUUGUGGACACAUUAUGAUGUCAUGGACAACAUUUUGAUGCAGGUCAGAGGUCAUAAGCGUGUCAUUCUGUUUAGCCCUCGGGAUGCCAAUCACCUCUACCUUACAGGUGACAAAUCUGCUGUAAUGGACCUGGAUAACCCAGACUUUGAGAAAUAUCCAGACCUCAAAUUGGCAACUCCAUACCAUUGUCUCUUAGAACCAGGGGACGUGCUUUUCAUACCAGCCCUGUGGUUUCACAAUGUGGUGUCCCUAGACUUCAGUGUAGCUGUCAAUGUCUUUUGGCGUCAUCUCGACAUCAGUUGCUAUGACAACAAGGAUACCUAUGGGAACAAAGACCCUGUCGCAGCCAGCAAGGCUCUCCAGAUCAUCCAACGAGGGGUCAAAUCACUAGAAGACCUUCCCGAUGAAUACAGGGACUUCUAUGGACGAAGGCUUGUCCGGGAGAUAGAGAAAAAGACUUAUCUAGUGGAUGAUAAAAGAUGACGAUAUUAAUGCUCCUCCAUCAAAAAAUUGUGAAAUGAACGUGUUACCUUGUGUCUGAUGUCUCAGUUAGAAACACUGGCUAAGAAAUUUGAAUUCUAGAGCAAUUGCCAUGAGCACCUAGCAGAGGCGGAUUCAACAAACUAUCAUGAUCAUUAUGAUCAGCAUGAACUCACGGUUGAUGAUGAUCACAGGGAAAGCGUGGGUCACUGCAAUAGUUCUAUUAUUGUUUUAAUAAAGAUUAGCAAUAAAUGAAUUUGUGAAGGACAGUGUACUUGAAUAUAUAGAUUUUCGUUCAUGGAUUGCAUUCCCUCAUGGAUAAGUAUUCUAAUCUUUUUCCCGAAGUUAUUUCAACUUUUUUUUUAACGAGUCUAACGGCAGCAUCAAAGACAGUAAGACUUCACACAUGAGUACAUGUAGGCUUGUUGCUGAUCCAUGCAAAAAAUGAAUUUGAACAUUUUAGCUGGAAAGGGUUUCCCCCACUUUUUGUGUGUGUAGAAGAGUGUCCAGAGAUGAGCUUCAUACAUUAAUAUUGGUCUAAGUUAUAAUUCAAUAACUUCUUUAGUAGAAAAACAGUAUGUUAUUCUUCUCAUUACAUUGUAGAUGUCUUGGUAGUUAGUAACAUCAUGUUCCGGUCAUUCCUUGAAAAUAUAUCUGUUCUAUAAUACACAUCAGGAAAAAGAAUAUUUUCAGUGAUUCAAAAAACUUUUGGAGAAGAGAAUGAAUUAAUAUACAUGCUUGAUAUUGUUAUACUCCGUAAAGAUCAACUCUACAGUGUGCUAUGGCUUAGUUGCCAUUGAAAGAUCAUUAUGUUUAGUUGAAAGAAUAAGACAAAACACAAGGUAAUCGUUCUAAGCUAGUGACGGAGGGGCAUACAUAUAUACUAAGCCCUGCAGAUCUUUAUACUGUGCAAUGAUUUCCAAGCAGAAUGUUCUUAUGAUCAAGGAUGGUCAGAAGGGACGACUUGGAUGAAGGAGAGCAUGAAACUGCCCAAUCAAGUGGGUGAGAGGUCCCCAAAGGUUGAGUUAGGAUGAUGGAGAAUAAUGAUGGUAAGAAUUCUAUUCUCAAGUCCAUAGAAUAGUAGGAUUAACCCUGUGGUGGUAAUAGAUGGCUGGUAGGACUGUGGUUGUACAAUGUAUCGUGCAUUUGAUCCAGAGUACAGGAGUUAAAGCCCUUCUAGCUCCAUACAGAUGGUACCAAACUUGUACCUGGGUGACGUGAGCAGUGAGGUUCCUCAAUGACAUGGUGAACAAAAUUUAUUAUUUCUGUGGAGGGAAUAAUGUGAUGAUAAGAAGUUCCAUGCACAUCACUACGUGUCAACAAAUGGUGCUGGAUAAAUGAAUAAUUUCUGUUUUUAAACAGAAGGCUAUGUAGCAAGCAAUCUCAAAGGAUAUGACAAGUACCCUCUUCACCAAUGCAUUCUGGCAAUGGUCAUGGAGCCAGGUAAUAAAGAUAGGAAACAUACAUUGUUCAAUACAGGCUCAUUGAUAUUGAAUGGCAGUGAGGGAAAUGCAGUCACAGGGUGAAUGGCCUAAACGUGACUCCAAGUGAAAGGACUUGCCAUACAGGCCUUUAUUCUGUGCAAUGAUAGCCAUACAGUAUGACUGCAUGGACACACAACAUUGUCUGAUACCAAAGAUGAUGUGUUCAUUAUGAGGUCUGUCAGAAGGAAAGGAGACAGAAAAGGAGAAUUGUUAUUAAUUAUUCACUUUGUACUACGCCAUUAAGGCACUUACAACGAAAAUGUACAUCUACAUACUUGUAUGUCACAAAUUAUUUCACUUAUUAUAGAUUGAAGUGAAAUAAAUAUCUUUAUUUGGAUAGUUGAAGGGUUUGUCUAUAUAUCAUUUGGUUGGAAAAUAUUUUAUUUCAUUUAAAACACGGUGUAUAUUUUUAUCUGAUGAAACCCCUCAAGGUAUUUAUGGUUCUUACAGAUAUAUCCAAUUAAAC